CCGCCUUCCUCCUCCUCCGCCAUCUUGAGAUCAGCGCAUUGUUGAACUCGUCUGGAGAUCAGCUCGUCUUUAUUACAAAAUGAGUGACCAGCUUUGCAAACUUUUCGUCGGUGGACUCAACGUGGACACCGACGACGAUGGUCUGCGCAAGCAUUUUGAGCAGUACGGUACGCUCACCGACUGCGUUGUCGUCGUGAAUAAGCAGCUGCAGCGAUCCCGCUGCUUCGGCUUUGUAACCUACUCCACACCAGAGGAGGCCGACGCUGCAAUGGCGGCUAGGCCGCACACCGUCGACGGCAAUGCGGUCGAGGUAAAGCGAGCCGUGGCCAGAGAAGACGCUAACAAGCCCGAAGCCCUCGCUAAGGUGAAGAAAAUCUUCGUUGGCGGCCUGAAAGACGACAUUGAAGAGGAACAUCUGACUGAAUACUUCUCCCAAUAUGGUCAAAUCGAGAAGGCCGAAGUCAUCUCGGAGAAGGAGACCGGAAAGAAACGGGGCUUCGGCUUUGUGUACUUCACCGACCACGACGCAGCCGACAAGGCGGUUGUGGUCAAAUUCCACACAGUCAAUGGACACAAGGUUGAGGUAAAGAAAGCUCUGACCAAGCAAGAGAUGCAGGCAGCCAACAGAACCGGUAUGGCGCCGAGGGGAAGGCCUGGUAGAGGCAUAAGGGGAAGUCAAAAUGGCUACGGCAGGGAUUAUGGCGGAAACUACAACUACGGAAAUGGCGGAGGCUACAACUGUGGCGGAUACGGAGGGUACGGCGGACCCUAUGGGGGCUAUGACCAGGGAAGCGGCUAUGGCGGUGGAAACGGCUACAACGAGUUUGGCAGCUAUGGCCAGCACUCUUCUGCCUACGGCCCCAUGAAAGGGCCUUUCGGCGGCCAGAGGAGCGGUGCUCCCUACACCAGAGGCGGCGGCGGCGGUGGCUACCCGAGGGGGGGCUACGGCGGCGGCGGCUACUAGAUGAGACUGCAACACGGAAAGCAACCAACCCACCCCUUGCCACAAGUUACCCCCAGCCAGGAUUUGGACGCCAAAACUCAAAGUCAAUAACGGGGCGUUUGCCGUGCAAUCCUACCAUGGCAGAGAUACGGACAGAGACCCCCUUAUCAUAAUGAAGACCGCAAAAACCCAAACAGGUAGGAAGGUCACUUCCCAGAACACCUGAUAAUAACGAGCAACAGUUGUUGCCGUUCGACUAGGACACAUUAACGAAGAAUAACACAGCGAUUUCUUUUUUUUAUGUAACCACGCCACUGGCGUGUAGUUGUCGUUUAGAGUUGGGAUUAUUUUUUAUUUGCGUUCAGUCGUUGUUUUGAAAUUUCGAUGUAGGAUUGUUUUGCUUACAAGUUCUGAUUAUUUUAAUAUUUGCAUUUUAAGGAGUUAGAUUCGACUUUGUUUUCUGGAGUAAAUUUAGUGUGAUUUCAUUGUAUGAGGAUGAGAAAGCAUGUUAUGUGGUUUUCAUAGCUAUGUCAUUCUGAUAUUAAUUUGUAUAAUUACUUAUUUGGGUCAUUCAGCAAGGCGGGAACGUGAUACUGCAGGAUCCAGUUUCCUUGUUUCCUUCCCCAUUACUGUAUUCAAAUUCCUCACGCAUAGUAAUAGUUUCAAUCUAAAUAUUGUUCAUUUUCACUACCUGUAGCAAUAUCUAAUGUAUAUUGUAUACUUUCAUGUCUGCAGAACAAAACCUACUGUUAAAACACUUUGGUAUGCUUAUGUAUGUUCAUUUUAAAUAAAACAUUAUACCACUUAGCUUAGUUAUUUUACUUAUUUAACCAGGCUUCCUCAAGUUCAUCCACAGGUUUAUAAGUCAUCAUCUUGUUCUUUAGUUACAUGGCAUCACUCCCACAGUUUAUUCCCUUACUCAGGUGGGUGAAACACAGAAUGGUUGUAGUCUACCCACAGCCAAUGCAUGUAGGCUUUGUAGGGUGUGACCUUUUGUUUUAAAAGUUGUUUUUUAGAUAUUGCUAAUAUGACUUAACAUUUUUCUUUUACAUUUUUGAAUACAUAUCUAUAUGUCGACAUGAGGGCUCUGAUAUUUAUCUUUGAUUAUUCCUACAUUUAGGUGUUCUUACUCGUAUUCCAGUAGGCUAUCCCAGCCAAAAUAGCCGUAGCAGUUUGUUUGUAGGCUACAUCAGGACCCUGUUGAUUACCUGGGGUCGAUUGUGAUAGGAGUCUGAAAUAUCUCUUUAGGAUAUCCACAUCCAGCAAACUAGGUAUGUAAAUCAACCUGUCUUCACUCUGUGUUGGUCAACAAUGUAUGGAAUAUCUUUGAGAUGGUACACAAGUGUGCCAUUAUUUAAUCUUAACUUAAAGCUCAAUAUAGCUAAACAUUAUAUAGCUAAUUUAAAAUAAAAAUGGGUGGGGUGUUAAUUAAUUUGAUCUGUGAUAAAUUUAAGUGGGUGCAAGGGGACCCAUAUUUUGUUCCACAAUUUAAUAAAAAUAAUGGAACAAAUAGAUUGGUGUCUCCUCCAGAGAAGUCAUGCUUGGUCCAGUCUUUCACUGUGUUUUUCUCCCAUCUCCUCCAGGUUGCUACGGUAACCUGGGCACCAGGACAUCACCCCGAAAACGCUGGGGUGUGUGUCUCCACGCUGACUGGGGACCGGAGAGUGGUUGUGCCUUCUCCCCCUCAGGUGAAGUCAGUUUUCACAAAGGAUUCCCCAGUAUGGUCAAAAGCACUUACGAGUCAAACGUGGUUGUCAUUCAAAUGUUUUAUGAAGAUAUGUUUGGUUGCCGGAUUGUGGGAACUUUGAUGACACAGUAUUGUACUUAAUUCUUCCCAUUCAUUAAUAUGAUCUUUUCAAUCAAUACACUUGUCGGAGGUUUCCAGCCUUCUUGGCCUCAUGACCCCUCUAUGCAGUCUUUCCUUUUGUAGGUUAUUUGUCCUGUCCUUGUGUUGGACUCGGGGAUUGAUUUCGGUACUAGUUGUGGUGGUUCAAAUCCUUCUGAGUGAUGCAGGAACCUGAGAUGAGCUACACAUUACGGUUUCAUCCCAAGUCCACAGUCUCAGACUUUCAGCAUCCUUUUGCAUCAACAGUGACCAAAUAGAAGAUGAGUCUUGAUAUUGGAAACCACUGACUAGGUGUCCAGGAGAGUAAAUUUGAAUUUUGGUACUGUGGGUUUCAAAGUACAGUGUUCUUGUUAUUAAAGGUCUACAGAGAUUUUCAAUUCCAUGAAUGUGUACAUUUACUCAAAAUAUUUUCUUUGAGCAGGGAAAACCAGUCCUGAAUAUUUAACUGUUUGAACUGUUUUACAUGGGCAUUAUAAAAAGGUUUUGAAGACUUCAUCUACACUUAAGUUGCGAUUGACAUACUUUUAUCUGCAGUCUUUAAAAAUACAGACAGUGCUCCUACAUGCUGCUUAUAUUGGAAGUAUGUUAUUCAUUUACCUGCCAGUAAAGGUGCCAUAUGGUCUGCUUGCACACUGGGUCUAUUCAGUAAGUACCAAAGAAAUGACAGCAGUUCAGUAUCUGCAUUUUGACCCUGCAGCUUAAUGCAGUCUGUUAAUAAUUCAUUGACUUUUGAAAGGCUGCGGAGUGAACAGACCAACCAGCAAAUGGUGGUGUAGAUUUGUCUUCACAGCAUGUUUGUACAAAUUGGGCUUAACAUUUUACGCAAUUGGGUCAUUUAAUGCAUCUUAAAUUUGCAUCAUGUUCUGGUGCAAGAACAAAUUCUGCAGUGUUUUUUUUUUUUUGUUUGUUUUUCAGUAACAUUUGCAGGGAUUUGGCUGCAAGACAAUCAGGAGGCAACAACAGGCCAGUAAGCAGCAUGUUGGAGGCAAAUUUGAGUUUUUGUCUUUAAAUAUGUUGUUAAUGAGGUCUUUAUGCAUCUUAGUUAGUGGGCUUUAUUCUACUGACUUGUACCACUAAUUGAACAGCAUUAAUCAGUGCUUAAAUUGUGCUCAACCAAGCCAUAACAGACUGUCAGUUAAAAGAAAAAAACACAGGAGUGCUUUAUGGAUAAGUAAUUCCAAGCCUGAUGUUUUACCUAUAGUAUAUAAAAUCACAAAAUCAAAUUUUAAUACAAUGGUUAUGCCUUACCAAUAAUUUGCAAUUUCAUAUAACAGGAAAAAGCACAGUACUAGAACUCAACCCUGUCUGAGGUACUGUGACACUGUUGGUCCGGUGUGGCAUAAAUUGGUGUGAUAAAUGUUAGUAAUGCAUGUGAUGAGUGUAAAUUUUAUUGUUCUCUUGUUACCUUUUAUAGGAUAAUGUUUGCGUGAUGGUCUCUGAUCACCCCGUAGGAGAAGGAAACCUCUCUUAUGCUGGACGUGCUUUUUAUGAAUCCACAAUAAAUUUAUAUAUUUUUAUAUACCAA